AUGGAUAUAGAGGAAGCUCCAGAAUCACUUAAACACAUCAAACAUAUCGUACUGAUCUUAUCAGGGAAAGGUGGUGUUGGUAAAAGCUCUGUUACCACCCAAACUGCAUUAACAUUAGUAAAUAAAGGUUUUAAAGUUGGUGUAUUAGAUAUAGAUUUAACAGGUCCUUCAUUACCACGUAUGUUUGGUUUAGAGAAUAAACAAGUUUUCCAAGGUACAAAUGGUUGGAUCCCUGUUUAUAUUGAUAGUUCUAAAAAAUUAAGUAUUAUGUCUCUUGGGUUUUUAUUAAAUGAUCGUGGUAAUAGUGUUGUUUGGAGAGGUCCAAAGAAAACUGCAAUGAUUAAACAAUUUAUUAAAGAUGUUGCUUGGGAUAAAGAUUUGGAUUAUUUACUGAUUGAUACACCACCAGGUACAAGUGAUGAACAUAUUAGUAUUGCAGAAGAAUUAAAAUUUGCUAAUCCAGAUGGUGCAAUCAUUGUAACAACUCCACAAAAUGUUGCAACUUCAGAUGUUAAAAAGGAAUUAAAUUUUUGUAAAAAAGUUAAUUUUAAACCUUUGGGAAUAGUGGAGAAUAUGUCGGGUUUUAUUUGUCCUCAUUGUGAAGAAUGUACAAAUAUUUUCAGUUCUGGUGGUGGGAAAUUACUUAGUGAACAAUUUAAUAUUCCUUAUUUAGGUAAUGUUCCAAUAGAUCCUACAUUUGUUGAAUUGAUUGAAGUUCAAAGAACUUCAGAAGAAACUUUAUUAGGUCUUUAUGAUAAAGCCAAUUUAAAACCUUUAUUUGAUGAAAUUAUUCAAAAAGUUUUAGAUCAAAAUAUCCCAUCAAGAACUGAAUUAUUAAAUUGA